GGUGUGAGAAGCCCUCAGACACUGGGGGUGUGAGAAGCCCUCAGACACUGGGGGUGUGAGAAGCCCUCAGGCACUGGAUGUGUGAGAAGCCCUCAGGCACUGGGGGUGUGAGAAGCCCUCAGGCACUGGGGGUGUGAGAAGCCCUCAGACACUGGGGGUGUGAGAAGCCCUCAGGCACUGGGGGUGUGAGAAGCCCUCAGGCACUGGCGCCCGCCCCGCCAUGCCCAACUUCGCAGGCACUUGGAAGAUGAGGAGCAGCGAGAAUUUCGACGAGCUGCUCAAGGCGCUGGGUGUCAACGCCAUGCUCAGGAAAGUGGCGGUGGCAGCCGCCUCCAAGCCCCAUGUGGAGAUCCGCCAGGACGGGGACCAGUUCUACAUCAAAACUUCCACCACUGUCCGCACCACUGAGAUCAACUUCAAAAUCGGGGAAAGCUUUGAGGAGGAGACGGUGGAUGGACGCAAGUGCAGGAGUUUGGCCACUUGGGAGAACGAAAACAAGAUCUACUGCAAACAAACUCUUAUUGAGGGAGAUGGUCCCAAAACAUACUGGACUCGAGAAUUAGCUAAUGAUGAGCUGAUUUUGACCUUUGGUGCUGAUGAUGUUGUGUGCACAAGAAUUUAUGUAAGAGAAUAAACCCAUCAAUUUACUUGUCAUCUGGGAUGAAGUGGAGAACUGUGAAAACCCCCAGUAUAAUGAGUAUCUAUGUGUGCUGUUACAGUGUUGUAUGUGACCAUGUGUGUUAUAUCUGAACCCAGAUCCUUUGUUAAGUGUAUUUUGCUUUCAGUUUUCAUUUCAGACAUUAUUCCUUCCCACUUUUAUGCCAUCAAUUUUCAUGUCUGCUUUGUAUUUUGUAGUUGUCACUUGCCUUGGUUUCCUCAGUUAUUAAACUUACUGGGCAUAACUCA